AUGCCCUGGACCAGACCCCAGGUGGAGCUUCCUGCUGGCGGAGCAGAGGCCAUGGACCAGUACAACGCAGACGACCACCACUUUGGUGGCUCCCUGUUCCCCACCUCCACCCUCAUCCCCGUCACUGUCAUCUGCAUCCUCAUCCUCAUCAUCGGGGUGACGGGCAACGCCAUGACAAUCCUCAUCAUCCAGCACUUCAAGGACAUGAAGACCACCACCAACCUGUACCUGUCCAGCAUGGCGGUGUCUGACCUCCUCAUCUUCCUGUGCCUGCCCUUUGACCUGUACCGCCUGUGGAAGUACGUGCCCUGGCUGUUUGGGGAGGUGGUGUGCCGCCUCUAUCACUACAUCUUUGAGGGCUGCACCUCGGCCACCAUCCUUCACAUCACGGCGCUGAGCGUUGAGCGCUACCUGGCCAUCAGCUUCCCCCUCAGGAGCAAAGUGGUGUUGACCAGACGCAGGGUCCAGUACAUCAUCCUCGCCCUGUGGCUUUUCGCCCUGGUGUCUGCGGCUCCAACGCUCUUCCUGGUUAGCGUGGAGUAUGACAAUGACACAAACCCGGACUACAGUACCGGGCAGUGCAAGCACACCAGCUACGCUAUUAGCUCUGGGCAGCUGCACAUCAUGCUGUGGGUGUCCACCACCUACUUUUUCUGCCCGAUGCUCUGCCUCACCUUCCUCUACGGCUCCAUCGGGUGGAAGUUGUGGAAAAGCAAAAAUGACCUGCAAGGCCCCUGUACUUUGGCCCGUGAAAGGUCCCACAGGCAAACUGUCAAGAUCCUGGUGGUGGUGGUGCUGGCCUUCAUCAUCUGCUGGCUGCCUUACCACAUUGGCAGGAACCUCUUUGCCCAGGUGGACGACUAUGACACGGCCAUGCUGAGCCAGAACUUCAACGUGGCGUCCAUGGUGUUGUGCUACCUCAACGCCUCCAUCAACCCCGUGGUCUACAACCUCAUGUCUCGGAAGUACAGGGCUGCAGCCAAACGCCUCUUCCUGCUGCAUCAGCCGCCCAGACAAGCCCAGCGCGGCCAGAGAAAGCUCUGCGCGAACGAUCACAUCUCCACCCUGAAUGAAAGCCUGACUGGGGUCUGA